AUGUCCGACCCAAUUCAUGCUCCUCACCCCAGCCCCAACGAAGAAUAUGCCGAAUUCCCUCUCCCCCCAAUCGACCCAAUUAUCCCGAUAACCCCAUCCAGUCGUCAAAGUCUCGAGCGUGAAAACACCGUCGAUGCCCAUCAAUACGAGACCGGACUCGCCGAUUCCCAGCCCGAGACCGUGCCCGUACAACCGCUCGCUGAUGCCGAACCCGAACAACCGCGAAUCCGAUCGCCACGCGUGCGCUUUCGUUCAAUCAGUCGUUCCAUAAGUGAACGAUACCACCAUCUGCACGAUGGCUCCCACCGAGUCUUCUCAGACCAGUCCGACGCCGCCCAACAUCCAUUGUUGCCGCCACCCGCGGACCUGACCGAUACCCCGUUAUCCGGAACCGUCACCCCGCCAGCCCCGGCAUUCUCGCGCCACGCGGGUCGCGCAGGCGGUCGCAAUGAUUAUCUCCCCGUCGAUCUUGAGAAACGUGAGCAUCAGGAGCGGGAUGGAGAGCAUGCUCAUCCUACGCGCGACCGCUUCCGAGCUGCCGGUCAGCUCCUGCGCCAGAAGACCGUGCGAUUGACCGAGCGUCUUGGUCGUCCCGCUGACGAGGGUGAGGCGCUCAGUGCGUCCAUCCUGCCGGAUGACCUGGGGAUUCCCAUGGAGGAAUUGCAGGCUCGUCGUGCUCGUCGCGACGCGGAUCGUCUGCGCAUGCUGGAAGCCGGCGAGGAACCGCAUGAGCCCCCGCCCAGCGCGGAGGCUCAUCGUCUGGUGCGCAGCAUGACCCAGGUCCAGGAUAAUCUGGCCCUGCGGAAGCGUCGUCCUCGCGGUGCGUACCAGCGGUCUGGUCAGACCACGCCCGAGGGGAUGUUGAAGGACUUUGCUGCUCGGCGUCGGUCGAGCGGUGGGUUUGCCGGUGGUAGCGGGAUUCUCUCGCAGCUGUUGAAGCUGCACGCUAGCCAGACGAGCUCGUCGCGGCCGGAGAGUGUCAUUACUGAUGACUCGGAUAGCGAUACGCAGGUUUCUUCGGGCGCGACCACGCCCAAGAAAAUCGGGUCGUUGUCCCCGUCUAUUCCCCCGUCAAUGCCGACUUCUGGCUCUGCCACGCCUCGCAAGGAGAAGAUCAAGUGGUAUAAGAAGUCUGCGCAUAGAUCGACGUCCUCUCUCAUUGAUGCCUCGAUGAACCUCAGUCGUGCGAGUCUCCCGCCCGGCGCGGUGGAUUCGUUAUACCCGGGGAAGAGGCAUAAGAAGAGUAAGCGUCGGACUCGUCUGGAGGAUGAGAUUCGGGUUACCGUGCAUAUUGCAGAGAUUCUGGCUCGGCAGCGGUAUAUCAUGCAAUUGUGUCGUGCGUUGAUGCGCUACGGUGCACCCACGCAUCGCCUCGAGGAGUAUAUGCAGAUGACGGCCCGCGUACUCGAAGUCUCGGGUCAAUUCUUGUAUCUCCCCGGGUGCAUGAUCAUGUCCUUUGAUGACCCGACCACCCGCACGGCUGAGGUGAAGCUAGUGCGUAUGGUACAGGGCGUUGACCUGGGUCGUCUGGCGGAUACACACAACGUGUACAAGAACGUGGUGCACGAUCUCAUCGGCGUCGAAGAAGCCACCCAAGAGCUAGACGAGAUCAUGUCACGCAAGCCACGCUUCAACAAGUGGAUCCUCGUCCUCAUGUACGGCCUAGCCAGUGCAUCUGUCGGUCCCUUCGCCUUCAGCGCCCGGCCCAUCGAUAUGCCCGUCAUCUUCUGUCUAGGCUGUCUAGUCGGACUAAUGCAACACGUCCUCGCCCCUCGCUCCGUCCUCUACUCCAACGUCUUCGAAGUCACCGCCGCAGUCCUAACAUCCUUCCUGGCCCGUGCCCUAGGAAGCAUCAAGAUCACCCGCAACGGCCAAACAGAAGAACUCUUCUGCUUCUCCGCCCUCGCUCAAUCCUCCAUCGCCCUCAUCCUCCCAGGCUUCAUGGUCCUCUGCAGCAGUCUAGAACUGCAAUCCCACCAAAUGAUUGCCGGCUCUAUCCGCAUGGUCUACGCAAUCAUCUACUCCCUCUUCCUGGGCUACGGUAUCACAGUCGGCACGACGAUAUACGGCCUCAUCGACCGAAACGCUACCUCCGCAACGACAUGCUCCAAUCUAGACGUCUACGGCUCCGUGUACGCCCGCCAGUUCCCCUUCGUCGCUAUCUACGCCGUCUUCCUCGCCAUCGUCAACCAUGGUAAAUGGAAGCAAAUGCCAGUGAUGGUCUUCAUCGCUGUCUCGGGGUAUAUCACCAAUUACUUUAGCACGACCAAGCUUGGCUCCCAAUCUGAAGUCGCGAAUACCGUCGGCGCCUUUACGAUCGGUGUCCUGGGUAACUUGUACAGUCGGCUUUGGCACGGUCAUGCCGCCACUGCUAUUUUACCUGGUAUCUUUGUCCUGGUGCCCUCCGGUCUGGCGUCGAGUGGCUCGCUUAUUGCGGGUAUCCGGUAUGCGGAUCAGGUUCGGUAUAAUCUGGAGACUUCGGGCAAUAGUACUUCCACGAGCAGUUUGUCGGAUACCUCGGUCGCGAGUCUGGGCUUUGGUAUGAUUCAGGUCGCUAUCGGUAUUACCGUGGGCUUGUUUAUUGCUGCCCUGGUGGUUUAUCCGUUUGGUAAGAAGCGAACUGGGUUGUUCAGCUUCUAG